AUGUCCAUCGCCCAGGUGGCAGCCAAGGCUAUGCUAUCUGAUGCCCUGCUGCAGGACAGCUCUGGGAUAAAUCGGAUCAGCCACCUGGAGCUGGAGCUUCCUCUAGACAAGGUCAUCAAGUUUGUAUCUGUCGGCCUUCCACUGAUGCUGGUGUGCAUGGCCUUUGCCCGCGAGGUUUCUCUAGGGCCUCAGAUCAGCUGUUUCCCUCCCAGCAAUUUCACUGUCAAGCAGGCGAGCUAUGUAGACACAUACUGCUGGGACUCUCUCAUGCAUCAUGAGUACAACAGCCAUGGAAACUUUGAGGAGCGCUCUCUCUGGGUUCACAAAAUGUUCCCUUACUCUCUUCUUGCCAUGGCAGUGCUGAUGUACCUGCCAGCUCUGAUCUGGCGCCAGCUCGUCGCGCCCACGCUGGGCUCAGACCUGCUGUUCAUAAUUGACGAACUAGACAUGUCGUACAACCGCUCGAUCCGACUGGCCCAGAGCAUUGUGGAAAUGCGCCAGAACACUAAGAACCCUCUCACAUUCCAGGCUGAACUGCAGAGGGCUAAGAAGAAGCGAUACUUUGAGUACCCUCUACUGGAAAGAUACCUGCGGUGCAAACAAAACUCCUACUUCCUUGUUAGCAUGCUUUUCUUGCGUGGUUUCCUCCUCCUGAUCUUCAUGAGCGCUGCCUGUCUCUACCUGGCCUACUUCCACCUCUCAGCCUUCCUGCAGGAUGAGUUCAGCUGCUUUGUCCGUACGGGGAUGCUGCGUGAUCAGAACUGGGUUCCUGAGCUGGUUCAGUGUAAAAUGGUUGGUCAGUUAGUCUUUCAGGUGAUAAGUGUGGCCAAUGGUGCAAUCUACAUCCUGCUGGCUCCCAUCGUCCUCUUCAGCCUAAUUCGUCUAUUUGUUUGGGACACCACCUUCAUCUCUGUCUAUGAUGUCCUCCCAGCGCUGGAUAUUAUCAACCAACACAGGCUAGGCUGCCCACUGAAUGACCUCAAUGUCCUCCUGCUGUUCUUGCGUGCCAACGUAGCACACUUGAGGUCCUAUGGAAAGGUGAGGGCACUGUGCUCACUGGCACCGCCGCAGGUGGGCAACAUCACUGCAGAGCAGGGCUUAAAUGCAAUGCUGACCCAAGAAGAAAUAGAAGAGCGUGAAGAGGCUGCGAUGGAGCUGGCAGAGGAGGUGGAGGAGGCCAAAAAGGAGGGCAAGCUCAGCUUAGUGGACAUCAUGACUGUUCUGGGAGCAGCCCAGGGAAGAGUGGUAAACUGCAGCGAGAAGAGGCCUCUGGUGGAGGAGAAUAUGAGUCUGGAGCCAAACCACCAGAGGUACCAUGAGUUGAAGGAGACUGCACCAUUUAGUCACUACUAGGCCUCCUAUGGACUGAAUCAAUGUGAUAGGGGGCGGGGGGUCAAUUCUCUACAGUAGAACUGUACCCACAAAGACUGUGAACACCAAUCAAGGGUUUCUGUAGUCUGCAGGGCAGAAAAUCUUGCUUUAGAAUUUCAGGGCAAAUUAUUCUGCCUGGAAAUAUGCAUGGAUAUUGUCCAUUUUCAGCAGCCGUGCAUCUGUAGCUGGCACAGAUUUUCUUUCUGCCUCUUAGUUUGGUCCUAUUGGGUUUUAAGGAGCCUGGGAUGGCUAGUAGUCAAAGAAAAGCAUGGAAGUGAAAAUGGCUGUUGUAAUUACUGUACAAGAACACACAACAUUAGCCUUAACAAAGAAUGACUAUACAGUAUUCCAGCAACUAUCUGUCAUCAAGACCUUGUUAGAUUUGUCAGAAUUAAUGAGAUUUGUGAGAAUUAGGAGCUCUGACAGUAUGCAGUACACCAGUGGCAACUAUUGAUUCAGUUGUAAUUUUCUGUUAGUUACAUUUUAUGAACCUAA